AUGGAAGCCCUACGGGGAAGCAAUAAAAAGCAGAGGGGGGCUCUCAUUGUGCUGGAAGGAUUGGACCGCGCCGGCAAAUCUACUCAAUGCGCAUUCUUACAGAAGACCCUCCAAGAAGAGGGGCAUGAAGUCAAGUACCGCCGGUUUCCAGACAGAACUACUGAGAUAGGGAAACUGAUUAACGCGUAUUUGAUGCAAAACGCACAAUUGGAUGAUCAUUCUAUUCACCUUCUGUUCUCUGCCAAUAGAUGGGAGGCAGCGGCGGAAAUACAACGGGAUAUAUCAAAUGGCAUAACCGUCAUCAUAGACCGCUACUCCUACUCCGGAGCUGUUUAUUCUGCUGCCAAAAAUAUCCCCGGCUUGUCGUUAGAGUGGGCUUGGCAGCCAGAGAUCGGUUUACCGCAACCGGAUAUAUGGCUUUUCUUGAACAUAUCGCCAGAGGAAGCGGCAAAACGUGGUGGCUAUGGAAUGGAGAGAUAUGAAAACGAUGCCUUUCAGACCCGAAUACGCCAGUUAUUUCAGGAGCUUGUCGCAAGAGAAGACCCCAACAAUGUUCACGUCGUCGACGCAGGUCGAGCCGAAUCGGAGGUUGCGCUGGACGUUAUACGCGCAGCAAGGAGAGCCAUUGAAGAAAUCAAGGGCACGGAUUCUCUGAAAAGACUUGCUGCAUUAUCACACCCAGCAAGCAGCCUAUCCUGA